AUGUUUCGUCUGUAAUCCCCCCAAAGCAAGGUUGUUGUUUACGCGUCGCUUGAUUUUUGAAUUCCUCCUUUCAGUUUUUUCUCCAUUUUGUCAUGGCUGGAAAUCGCUUAUCCAAUGUAACAGCGGAUCAAGUUAAAGGUAAUUCGUACGAUUGUUGUUGAGAAACUUGUUUAAUUAGAUUGGCUUAGUGCUAAUACGCGAUUUUCCGGUUACUCUUCCGGCGACAUACGUAUAUAAAUAUCACUUACUUUGAUCGACCUUCAGAGGAAAACAGGAAUUGUUCAAACACAUCAGGUGAAAUCUUCGGAUAAAAAUGGACUGGACAAGCUCGAGAGGAACUUGUAAAAACACGUAAACUCUAGGAAUUAGCGAACAGCCCCCUUGUUUUCAUUUGGGAAACGCGGCGUCGUUUAAUGAAGAAAUACUUUUUCGAUCAUUAAAAGCUCUGUUAUUUCAAAUAUUUACUAUACUCAGUGUUUUUACGGCCAGUAUUGUGUUAGAUCUUUAUGCAAAUGAGUGAAAAAUAGAGUGGACGAAAAAUGUUUGUCACAAGGGGUAGAGUAAGAGAAGCACUGGGCCGCACUGGGGUGAGGUUGGGUGCGUGAUCCCGGAAUCCGCGAUUUGGCAAAUAUACAGUGCAGGAUUGGGGAAAGGUUAUCGGGACAAGGGAUUUGCCAAAUUUGCGCACGGAUGCAGCAUUGGGGAAGAAAAUGGUUUAGCCUUGACAGAAGCUCGGGAUGCAAGAUUCCCCUGAAAAAGGAGCAGGAAUGUGGGAUCACGGGCUGUUAUCAGCUGGUGCUGAGAAAUUUCACAAUAAAAAAAAAUCUUUCUAACGCUGGCAAAUACUUCAGUAAAAAUUCUAUGUACUUAUUAAUGCCCCCUUUGAAGGAAACAUUUUUGAAAGCUCCCUCCCUCUCUUACAUUUCCCACCCACAAAUUUCAAACACCCAAACUAUCAGGGGGCCACAAUUUGCGCAUGUCUAUUAAAUCUUCUCUAUCUACUCCCCCAUUUCCUAUCACACCUCAAAGUUCUUGAACUACCCAUUGGUGUCAUGGGUGUGGCAAUAAAAUAGAUGCAGUAUGGUACAGUGUUCAAGAUUAAAAAGUACAAGUUUUAGGCGAUUGAUUUGGAUACUGCAAGGGUAAGCAAAUAUGAGCUGCAGUAGCAGGUAUACUUAUUAAUUUUGUCAAAAGCAGUUUUAUUUAAGUCAAGGAUAGGGUAUAAGAAAUAGCAAGUUCUACUCUAGAAUAGAGCGUUGUCUGAGCAUACAUUGGAAGCCUGAUAUAAUGAACCACUAUAAAAUUAUAUCAAACUCUUGGUAUGACAGAUGAUUUUCUUUUCCCAAGUAAUAGCAAAAUAUGUGAAAAAGAACCUUGUUACAAAAAAUAAAUGUUGACCGUUCAUUAUAUCAAGGUUCCACUGUACCACUAAGCUUCACAUGAAGGCAAAGACAAUCUCUUUGUGGAUUUCAAUACGAGCUGUAUGUCCUGCAUAAAAUCAACAAGUCUUGUGUAAAGGUUUAUCUAAUAAUAUUAUUAGAUUAGUCCUAUGUAUUCUUAUAAUGUAUCAUAAUUAAAUCUUAGCUGCCAUGAGAGAUGUGUUGCUGGCAUUUGAAAGGCCAGAGCAUCAGACAAGAAUGCUGGAAAUAGAACAGGAGGCAGGGAGUGACUUGGUAAAGCUUCUUCAAGAUCGGCUUCCAUUUGCCGCUGACAUCCAGCAAGAAGUUAUUAAAAGCCAUGGCUUUUCAGAUGAUGGAGCAGGUAUUCCUACUCAAGUGAUAUAUCAAUCGAACUAAAUUAAAAGUAAGAUGCAUGGACUAUACAUAUUUGACAAAGUUGGUGUCACUUCUUAUAAUAUCAUAAAUAUUCUUGAAGACUAUUAUGCUAGUUUUUGUGAAUAUUUGGCAAAGAACAUUUCACUGAAAUUAUAUCAGUCUUGAAAUUAUUAAGAUGUAAAAAAUCUUCUGGGAGGUAAAGAUUAUGCAAAGGAAGGUCCUGAUACUGUAGCUAUCAAAUCUACAAACUCAGAUAAUUCCCUAAAAUACUGAUGGCAUGAAGCUGUUAACUUUAAACUACCCACAAUACCUUUCAGGGAUGUUGCGUGCAGUUUUACUCUUUUUUUUGACGACCUUUAAUUCUCGAAAUGGCUCUUGAUUUUAAUCAAUGGUGGUAAUGAGAACAGUAAGUUAUUCCAACCAUUUAUUUUGAACUGCUUAUUUUUUUUUUAUAGGUUCUCUUACUUUCACUCAUGCCAUCAAAUUGUUUGAGAAAGAUGAUGAAGAAAUAGCUAGAAUGGCAGAAGAUCUAAAGUCACGAUUCAUUCCUCUCUUACCUCGUCCACCACUGUUUGUUCCUAGAGAUGUCACAUGA